AUGCCUCCUCGCAAAUUCAAUCUAAAUAGCAGGACCGUAACAGCCCCUCUAGCAGCCGCAACCAUGGCGUUACUCCUGUACACAUAUGCUCGCAUCUCCAUUAGAGCAGCAAAGCAAAAUGCGCAGAAACAUCGCGAAGCAGACGGCGGCCAAAUAAAUUGGGCCAACGAAAAUUUGAGACGUCAUGGUCAGUUAGAUGUGCCGCAAGAGCAAAAAACCGUGAAACAAUUAUUAGGCACGGCGAAGGAUAAUUUGGAGGAAUUAAGGGCAAAAGGAGAUGCGCCUGAGAGUCACGAGGUGGAGAGAAGAUUGAAGGAGAGAGCGGCCAAGGGAAGAGAAGGUGGUUUUGUUGGGAAAGCAGAGUGA